AAUCCGGGUACAAUAUCUAAAUAUACAAAACUAAUCUUCAUUGACAAUGGAGGAGAAGAGUAAGCAGUAUUGCAUUAUUUUCGCCCUUUUUAUUGCCAUUGGAAUAUAUUGGGGAGCUCUCUGGAACAAAAAUGUUAAAACACUGCGACAUGUGUUGAAAUGUCAUCAUAUAGUUUACUUGGUCGAUACGAGCACCAAUGUCGAAAGAAGACCAAAUACUUUGAAUGAGGAAGUUCAACAAGAUACAACACUGUUACUUGUUGCAGUUUUAUUGAAACCUGAACACGUUUACAAAAAAACGGGAACGCUUUACGAAGAUUUCAAACAAUCGAAUGUUAAACUUUUGUACUUUACAACCGAGAGCUCAAUUGUUGCUAAAAGCGUCGAUGUCACAUACAUAGAGAAUGGUAACGAGACUGAUUUGACUUAUUUAAACCUGUUCACGUACGUCUCAAAGAUGUACGAUAAGGACUUCAAAUGGUUUCUUUUCACCCAUGGCGCUUUUUUCUUUAACAUCGAUAAAUUAGUAAGCUACAUACGAAAACUUGACGAUACUCGUCAAUUCAUACUGCAAGAGGAAGUCCACAUAACGAACAGAAAAAGUGUUGCCCUCAAAGAGGACAUCCGUGAAGAUAGUAAAGAAAAUCGUACUUCUGUUAUAACAAGUAAAUAUAAAGGAAGAAAUGAAUUGGGUUUGGUGAAAAUGAGUCUGUCGUCCAUCAUUCAAGCUGGUACCGUAAUCAGUCAGAUGUUGCUACGAAGGCUCGCUCGUGAAAUCGUCAAGUCUUGUUCAAUGAAGAGCGAUAGUUUCACAUCCUGCCAACAAAAUGUUUCUAUACUUAUGAAUGACUAUUCCAAUGAAGCAGAAGUCACGCUAAGCAAAUACAACAAUGCCUGCGAAGAAGAUUAUAAAGACAUCACCUCGUUUAUGGUUGCAUUUGAUCUAUCAAAAAACACGAAGUGUUUGCACAGAGCGCGAAUGCAACUGCUAACUGAAAAAGUUCGUAGUUUAAGUCGAAAGAAUAAAAGACUUCAAAGAAAACUGAAUGAUUUGAAAUGGUUCAUCGAUAAUUCUGAAAAUCAAGAGAUUUCUACACAGUCAUUGAGCAAAGUGCAGAAAGUUGAACGAAGCUACAUGUUUAUACAAGGAAAACAUUUUAUUCCUCAUAAUAAAGGAUCUUGGUCGCUAAGAAGUCAUUCUCAGAAACAAAUCUCGCGUGUUAUCGACUCAGUUAUGCAUAAAAUACGCGCCGCACAUCUCAAUGAAAGCAUACAUUUUGAUGCUCUGCAUUAUGGGUAUCUGAUAGAGCAGCCAAUCAAUGGUCUGGAAUACCGUUUUAAUAUUUUUACAACGAACCAUCAACGUCAUUUAGCGAGGACGAAACAAGAAUUUGGUGCCAUCCAAAGUAAAACAAUUUUUACCCCAAAAGAAACCACGGUCAAUGUGGUCGUACCCUUGGCAGGUAGAUUUGAAAAUUUUCAGCUAUUCCUGUUAAACUUAGAAAGAAAUAUCUUAAAACAACAUGAACGAAUCACAAUCACGGUCGUAUAUUUCCCAGAAAUCGAGUCGCCACAGAGGCACAGUAAGUUGUUCAACCGUUACAACCGGACGUACCCCAACAUCUCAUUUCAUUGGUUGAAUCUGCCAGGGCAGUUUUCACGAGCCCAGGCAUUGCAGGCUGCGGUAGAUUUUCAUAAACAACGGUCUGUUAUUUUUGCAGAUGUCGAUUUAAAUUUUAACAACGAGUUUCUGCAUCGCUGUCGUUAUAACACCGUUGCCAAGAAGCAAGUGUAUUUCCCAGUAAUGUUCAAGACAUUCAAUGCAAAUAUCACAGGCACAAAAAUGAACUCGACGAAAUACUUUAUCUCAUUCGACCGUAAGGAAGGAGAUUGGGCGAUGUAUUCCUACGGUCCCGUGUGCGCCUACCGAGAUGACGUUAUCUCCGUGGGAGGUCUGAACGUUCAUAUCAAAGAAUGGGGAUUUGAAGACAUCCAAUUGUUUGAAGCAUUUUUAUCAAAACACUUCCACGUGAUAAGAGUAGCCGACCCAGGCCUAUGGCAUAUAUAUCACACUCAUACGUCAUGCAAUGACAUACAUUCUUCUAUACUUCGUGAAAUGUGCAAGGGUGCGUUACUAGACAGCUUAGCAUCGGUAGAAAGCAUCGUCGAAUAUUUGCAAAUAAAAAGAUUUUGGAAAGAGGAUGUCCUCUAGUUAUAAGACUUCGCCAAAAGACAAUGUUUGAUUGAACAAAGCUUACAAAUGUCGUAUCGGCGUUAUAAUGAUUUGGACAGAGUGCGGCAGGAGCGAAAUAGUGCUGGCGUAAGAAAAUGUUAAGCAUACUGAAAUAUAAAGAAAUUAAAUAAGUCCUUAAAGCUCAAUUUAUAAGUAAUAAAAACAUUAUAA